AUGACAGAUGAAGGUUGUUCUGAUGUGACUUCAGCUCUGAAAUCAAACCCGUCACACCUGAGAGAGCUGGACCUGAGCUGGAAUAAACUAGGAGACUCUGGAGUGAAAAACCUCAGUGAUCUACUGAUGAACCCACAAUUCAAGCUGGAGAAACUACAUCUGUAUGGAUGCAGUUUUACAGAGAAACAGAGUCUCAUCCUGACUUCAGCUCUGAAAUCAAACCCGUCACACCUGAGAGAGCUGAACCUGAGCGAGAAUAAUCUAGGAAACACAGGAGUGAAGCAGUUAUGUGCCGUACUGAAGGAUUCACACUGUAAACUGGAGAGAUUGAGGUUAAUCUACUGUUAUAUGACAGAUGAAGGUUGUUCUGAUGUGACUUCAGCUCUGAAAUCAAACCCGUCACACCUGAGAGAGCUGGACCUGAGCAGGAAUAAACUAGGAGACUCUGGAGUGAAAAACCUCAGUGAUAUACUGAUGAACCCACAAUUCAAGCUGGAGAAACUACAUCUGUGGAGUUGCAGUAUUACAGAGGAACAGAGUCUCAUCCUGACUUCAGCUCUGAAAUCAAACCCGUCACACCUGAGAGAUCUGGACCUGAGCGAGAAUAAACUAGGAAACACAGGAGUGAAGCACUUAUGUGCCGUACUGAAGGAUUCACACUGUAAACUGGAGAGAUUGAGGUCAGUCACAUUCACAUACAAGAAUCAAAAUGCUUAAAAUCACUUCA